AUAUCAUUAGCAUAGCGCUGCCUGGACGGGGAAGCGAGGGGAAGGGGCGCAGCCAGGCUCCAAAUGCUCUGAGAAGAAGUUACUCUUGUGUGAGUGAUAGGCUAAUUAGACAUUUGUAAAAGGAUGGCAAGACUUAAAGCGUGACUGGACGUGAUUGUUCCAUCAGGUAAAGAAGAAUUCCUCUAUUUUUUUCCAGACACUUCAGCAGCGGUCCCAUCAUGGGACCCUUUAGUUUGGCUGCUGUUUGAACAGCUAGCCUCAGCCUCAGCUAGCUAGUCCGAGCCACAUUAUAUUACUGUAAGCUAAUUGCUAAUAACUUCGACGUGCAGCUGGCUCUGCCUCACGUCUUUUCCACGCAACAAGCGGCGUUUGCCAUGUUAGGCAUCUAAGUUAUUUUUAAGUUUUGUCACCUUAGUUUGUCAGACUGACAGUCAUAGUGACUGUGAGUGAAAGCACACGGUGGUAUUUGCUAACAAUAAUUAGCAUGGCUAACUUGCGUGCAAAUGAAAACCGAGAAGUAGAAGCUAAUACUUCUUUGGCACCGAGUGAGCAAUAGUGGCAUUAAAGCUAAAGAUGGCUUCACAUUCGUGUAGGUGCAAUUGAACAUACCCCAAAUAACUUUCUUGAGUAUUUUCGCUUUUAACGUUUAUCAAAGCUAAUGAUAAACCAGUGGCUAGUGAUCAAUUUGGACACACGUGCCCAGUGCGCGUGUGCUCUGACAGCCGACCACAGCUGAAAUGUUUCCCGUACACACAUUUAGUUUAUAUACUCCCAACAAAGUUUGACCGACUGAGAGUUUGUGACUUAUCCACCGCCAUUGACACCUGGCUUUCCCUACCUACCCGGUAUCUCCUCGUGUGUUUGAUGGAAGAAUUAGUAGGCGGUGUAUCUGUCACUAAAAAGAGUUGAUUCAUGGAUCAAGAAUAGCCAAUAAGAGUAUCGCAAAUGACUGAAAUGGGGCGAAUUUCUCUCGAAAAACAAAGACAUUUUCAUUUUUUACAGUUCUAAUGAAGUUUGGUAGCCAUUCCCAUUCAAACUGCACUGUUAUAAAACCAAACCUCAUGUUAUGAAGUUAUCAAGGCGUCUUCCAUCUUAUUUCUAAUGUAACGUGGACUGCAGUUACCAAGUGUCACAUUUGAUAGGGUUUUAUUUAUAGUAUGUGUGGUAGAGGAUAUUUAGGGUGGUAUGAUUUUUAAAUAUAAGAUCUCACACUAAGGUAUGUGGUUACACUUUAGUGUUUGACAGACUCAGAAGAUAAUCAGAUGACACUCACCACUUCAAAACUGGAAUAAAAAUAACUUCUCAUAGAAUAUAAAGGUUUGUAACUUCAUGCUAUCAUUUUCUAUAUGAUCUCCACUAAUGCGGCACUUCUUUACCAAAGUUUCUUAUUACUUCUUUUAAAAAAUGAUUUAAAAUUGUGGCCAAACAAUGAAUACUCAAAUUUACCCCAACCCAACCCCUCAUUCCCACCCCACGAUCUAAAUGCAACAGAAACAGUAGCAUAUUAAAAUGCAUAAACUUAAAGAAGGGUUUGAUUUUGUGGAACUAGGAGUGUGCGCACUAAGGAAACGUCAUUUUCAAACUCAAGAUAAGGAAACACUGGAGGUUUAGGUUAAAAUCUAAAAGUAGCAUAGAAUGAAAUUUAAGAAAUAAAAAAUAAAAUAAAAACAACAGUGAUAGAUACUAAAAUAAGAGCACCAAAAUAGCUCAAUAAAAGACAAUCAUGUCAUUAAAACUAGAAGAGAUAAAUGCUAAAACACUUAAACAGAGUUAGUGAUAUAAAAGUUAGUUAAAAGCAAGACUAAAUAGGUAAGUUUUCAGUUUGCUUUUAAGCCAAAGGUGAUAUUGUUGGGCCGUGGUCAUGUGAUUGACUUGGCCUAUCAUAACAGUGGCUGCAAUACAAUGAACAGAAGAUGUCUGGACAAAAAAAGGAGUGAGGUUGAUAGAAGCAUAUCUAUUUACAUGAGCUGCUGUUAUCAUCAUCUGGGACUGUUAAGAAAACUGUUUUUAUAAUUAUUACGAUUUUUCUUUUUCCUUCUCUGUUUAGUCCUGAGGUACCAGUGACUGUCCUGUGGUAGGACACGCUCUGUGUUGUCAAAGUGCUGCAUUGAUGAUUUGAACAGUUUGUGGGUGAGUUUUUGCCUUUCUCAUUACUUUCUUUCUCUGCACGAUUUCCUGCGUUUUUCAUGUCUUUGUUGACACUUGGUGGACUGAGAGCAGCGCUGUUCUCACCAACCUUGAACAGUUCACAGCUUAAACUUAAACAGAGCAGCCUACUCCAAGAAAUACUUCUAUUUGUCUACACACCCACCAAGGCAUUUGUGGGACUGUUUUUGCCCAACUGUUUGGAAAUCAUGUUUGUACAGUGUCCCCACAGGCCUCCCUGUGUGCGGCUGGCACAACCUUUAGCUAGAAUGAUGGGAGACCAAUCCUUUGUCUCUCAAUGGCCCUCUUUGUCAUCCCCUCAUUUCAUAAGAGCCCUCUGUCCUAACAUGCAUAUAAAACCUCAAAACAAACGUUUUCUGUGCUCAUUUGUGUCCCAUACCCACAAACUGUCUCUGCAUUUGUUGUGAGUAAAUAACAGCUUGAUAAAUUUAAUCAACUUUGCUUGCACAGUGUCCUAGCAUACAGUGGCUCAUAAACUGACACAAGCAGGUUUUCUGCCUCCUCCAGCACCUCCCGUUGCUCUGGAUUUUGUAAGCGGGCAGUUGGGCAGCUUUUGACCGUGUUAAGAGAGUUGCACUGCCCUGAGCUGAGGAAUAUUAAACAUGACUGUAGCCAAUGCAAAGUCUGGCACAGGUAAGCUGUCAAAGAUGAAGUCCUGAUUAAUUUUUGUUGCAGAAGCUGUUGCAGUAAUGUCGCCAGUACUUCAACAUUUUUAUUGUUUCAUUGAAAUUUAAAUGGUCUAGUUCCCUCUGCCCAGAAGUAGCUGUGUGGGUCUGUUUACCGCAGCGUGUUUUGGCUUCCAUAAUGAAUGCAUUAUUUCUGUAAAUCAUCCCAUUAGAUCUCUACUUUGACAUCUAUUUCUCGGGAAAACAGACUAAUAGGCUGUUUAUUCCUCUGAAAAAUAGAAAAUCAAAGCAUGAUAAUUACAGUAAUUACAAUUCUUUUGUUUUGAGCUGGCAGAUUAAUAAAACCGUGAGCUGUAUUCAUCAGAGUGUUUGGCUUCAGCUACUUAAUGUUUGCUCUCAGCCUCUACGAACAAGAUCUGUAAGGAGAACAAUCCCCUAGUGCCCCAAUGUGCUUGUUGCUGCUGCAAUGGAAAUAAGGGAUGUUCUCUGUGAAUUGGCCCAUUGAUUGACUUUCCCCUUGGUGCUCUUGCCUCGUAAGCUCUUGUUAUAGUCACACUGUUUCAUUGUUAUUCAGGGUCAGACUUUGCUUUAUUUAUCACUAAUACUUCUGCCUGCAAUCACAAAUCAAUGAUUCAUUUAUUCAUAAGGAGAAACGAGAGUGAUUUACAUGACUGCUUUGCCCUUCAGCCAUGCAGCAGGUACUGGACAACCUGAAAGACCUGCCUUCAGGCACAGGAGCCAAAGAUAUCGACCUCAUCUUCCUCAGAGGCAUCAUGGAGAGCCCCAUCGUCCGCUCCCUCGCCAAGGUAAUGUCCUCAUUAACCGUCCUCAUUUUGGGCCAGUUUUGUGUAGUACACACUCAGUGGACACACAUUCACACAGAUAUGCAGACAUAGUGUUGCAAUCUCAUUAGCUGGUUAUCGACCUCUAGCUGUAGUUGAAAGGAAGAGUGAAUGAAUGAGCCUGUGGAGCUGAAGGUGUAAUAGGUGUCACAUGCCACUUCUCUUCCAAGUGGACUGCUUGCUCUUCUCUGCUCACACCAUGAGGUUCGACAGCAUACUUCGACCAGUAAGCAGAUGAUGAAGAUGUGUGUUUUUCUGUUGGACUGUGGAUUAAUUUAGGUAGAUUUCUCUCUUUUAAUGUGCCACCUUAUUUUGUUAAGUCAUUUUGCUGUGUGCUUGUUAUUUGGACAUGGAGGGUUCAGUCACUUGCAUGACAUGUUUCUUAAGCUAGUGUCUGGCUUAGUUGUCCUUCAAAGAAGAAAGACCCAAACACAAUAUUUGCUUUGUUCACAGUGGUACAGCAUACCUAUUGUAGUUUAAUUUAUUUUUUCCAAGAGUGUGUACAUCCCUAAAACUCUUGUAUUUGCUUAAGGUUGUCUCGACAGAAAACGUUUCCUUUGACUCUAAUUUGAUCAACCUUCAUAUAGUUUAAAGAACAAAUGACUUACAUAGCAGGAAGAACUACUAAACGCAGAUUAAGGUCAUAACAUAUCCGUGAAUAGAUGCAUCAAUAGAAAGGUGUCACAGAGGCAGACUCCUGACCUCAUUUCCAGGAAGAAGGGCUCUGGGUUAUUACUUUUUUUCUUGCUUAAUGGCCCGGUGUGAAGUCUUCAAAUAGGACAGCCUGAGUGAUUCUCACAUACUCGAUUGUGUUGUAGAACUGUAUUUUCCAUUAUAAAGAUCACAACAAAAGGAUAUUUUAGGGCUGUCUUUCUCGAUAAUGUAACAUACAGUUUGUGGAGCAACACAGCAAUAGCUGAAACCAUAUAGUGUUACACAGAAUGUAGGGGAUUCACCAUGACAUGACUUCUUUUUCCGUUGUUAUAAAACUAAGCUUGAAUGUAACAGCAACACUUCACAUAAGAUUUUUCAGUGAACUUUAAGUCAUAAUGUCUGUGCUAGAAUGAAUUUCCUCUUAUCUAUUCACUUCUUUUUCAUCAAAGUCAACUCUAUGCUCAGUGUCGCUGGUUAAGGUGUGCUUUUAAUGGUUUCUGAAGUGUCUUGAUUGAACGAAAUUCAACACUAAAGGCCAAAGCUAUGAGGGAACAGGAGCUGGGAAUUGAAAUAAACAUAGGAUGCAGAGAGGCGGCUAUAGAGAGAGUGUGAAGUACCACCAUGUUGUGCUGGCCUCAGUCUCAUACAAGUUAGGGUGCUGCAUCAGGCUCAUCUCUUUCAGUGUGUCUAACCAGAUUUUGUAGACACGUGUUAGAUGUCACAACUCUCAGUCAUAUUUUUUUUCCUUUGUCCAGACGUACAUACAUAUUGGAGUGAAUUUUAUAAAACUGUUGUUCUGUAAAUAGCUAUUUGUGGUGUUCCUAAUGAGACACUUGUUCUAGAUGCGAAGCAAAAACACAUAAUAAUUUGCUUUUACAUCUCUCAUACCAAAUUCUCCCCUAAGAUGAAUAAAGUAUUCUGAUUCUGAUGAUAGCCAGACAUAUGAUAUUGUUGCACUGGAAUUCUGCCAAGAGUCCUUUUUCACCGUAGUUCAGGGAGGUGAUGUUUUUUCACAAACUUGAGAAGAUUAAGUUUAUUAUCAGGGGCUUACAGCAAGAAUUUCUUCAUGUCUGGCGGCCUUUUAUAACUCAGUGCUAUGCACUGUUUACCAUCUGAUUUAUAAGUGGAGGUGUAUGCCCUGUCUUAUAUUGUCUGCAGUUUCUUUUGUCUGGUCCAACGUUAGUUUUUUUAAAUAAAUAUUUUUCCCGUUUUCUGUUUUUAUAACAGUUGUUAUUCUAAUUUAGAUUCAUAUACACUGUUAAUCAAAGUUUCUAUUUUGUAUGUUUGUAUGUAAUGUAUACUGCCCUCCUGUGUUAAAUAAAAAAAAAUUGGUUAGAAUAUGAAUUUUUAGAUAAGUGCACUGUUUUACCUACCAUCCACUGAAAUCUUGUGGUUAUACAGAAAUUUGGACAAGUGGCCAUUAUUCAAAAUCAUGUCAAUGACAUGCACAUACUGGACAACAUUUGUAGUUUUAUUGUUUCAGCCUUACACUUACAGCAUGGGUUAUCUGCUGUAAACACAGCAAGAGUCAUAGGCUCAGAAUUUACCAACCAAAGAAAUCAAUAGUGUAAGAGUUCAAACCCUCAAUUCUACCUUGACCCAGACUUUUCCCAUGUUAGUGCAAAUAAAAAUACAAUUACAGCCUGAUUAAAAGACAUUUUAAACUUCUUCAUGUCUGUGUCUGUGCAGGCUCAUGAGCGUCUUGAAGAUGUGAAGUUACAGGCUGUGCGAGAUGAUAAUGUUCAGCUGGUCACAGAGAUCCUGGAUUCCCUCAACAACAUGCCACAAAAGGAUGCUGCCUCUGCAGAGCUCGCCAAAAUCCUUCAGGAGCCUCACUUUAAGGUGUCUUAGACCAUACCUCGAGUUGACACUGUUUGCUGAGAGGAACCCGAGCAAGGAGACCAAAGAUUUGUUGAAUAAAUCAUGUAGCUUUGUUCUACUCAGAUGGGAAUGGAUGUCAGAGUUUUUUACUACAUGCUUGCUUAAUAAUCCGAGAGGCGCAGGAGGUCAGGCAGCUCUUGUCGCCCUGUAUAUUCUCAACCACUUGCAAGCUGUGGCAUGGGGGAAGGGGUGUAUUUUGUUUGGCCAAUAGCAGGCUGAGUUAUGUGGGUAAAGUCAGGGAGAGAGUACUGUGUCCACUUGUGUUUCAGAAAAUCUCCACAUUUGCUGAUGCCGUUUGUAGCCUGACCAAUGCUAACUCUUUGUUGUAGCUGCAAGGGUAAGAACAACGCUGACUUAUCUUUCAGUUUAGUUAUCUGCCAGUGCAGCCAUGAGGGUGUAGGAAUGUGCAAGGACAAGGAACCAGCAUUUUUACCUCUUUAAGUUGACAGUACGACAGUUUGUCUAAAAAAUGUAAAAGUACUUUUUACCAGGUUUCUUGAUUACAGUUUCUGUCAACCUUGAUUUCUCCUAUUUCUGUCUGCAUUUCUCUCACCCAGGUUUCUUCUUUUUGUUUUUCCUCAGUCUUUGAUAGAGGCUCAUGAUAAAGUCGCUGCAAAGUGCUAUGAAAUGCCUCACGCUGCGGUGAACAGUGAUGCGUCUUUGAAGAGUUCUCUCAUGCCAGCUGAUGCUGUAAGGAUGAUUGGCAUCCAGAAGAAGGCCGGGGAACCACUGGUGAGUCAUUUCUAUCAACUACAGUCUUGCAAAAGUAGGAGACUGCUUGGAUAAAAGCACGACUUGUAAAACUAUUGACGGCUGCAACCCUCCUCUGUUAGACCCAGUCUUUCGUGGUGACUCGAUCUGAGUGUCAUCUCGGACUCACACGCACAUGCCGACCAACUUGUGAAAAAAAGCUCCUGUUUGAUUUAUGAAGUGCAGAUGUGUUACUAAACAGGCAUUUCUCUCUUUCAGGGGGUGACGUUCCGCGUGGAGCGUGGAGAGAUGGUGAUCGCGCGUAUCCUGCACGGCAGCUCGAUUGACAGGCAGGGAAUGCUGCACACAGGGGACAUAAUCCGCGAGGUGAACGGUCGCGAGGUCGGUAGCAACCCCAGUGAACUCCAGGAGCUGCUGAGGGACUGCAGCGGGAGUGUCACUCUCAAGGUCCUACCAAGCUACAGAGACACACCAGCAACUCCACGGGUAAGGAGAACGAGGGUACUUCUACCUGCCAAACUUGUCAUGAUUAAACGUGUUUGAACUUGGAUAAAAUCUUAAGAUCAGGAUGAACAUGAGGUGUUCUUGUCUAAGCUCCACUGUGCCAUGUACAUAAGGCUGUUUAGAGUCAUACUGUACUAGUCAGGGAUUGGCAGAGAGCUGCCUGACCUGGAUGAUCUCAGAAUGCCAGGCUUCUGAAAAUUGAGCUCAAGGAAGGACUAUAAAUAAAGCUCCACACACUAUCUGGGACAUACACCAAUCUAUUCACUGGAGCACCCCCUCUCCUUCUUACAGUAACAGACAGGCACACACAGCAGCUGACACUGAAGAGCAGUAUGUAGGGUUAUGUCAGAUCUUGACCUUUGUGCUGGGGAGGAUCCAUGAUCUCAUUCAACUGUUUGAUUUUCAGCUUGUUGGGUUUUGAAGUUGUGAAAUCUGCGUGAAGGCAGUGAACAAAAUCCACCUAUUCCUCUGAUACGUUUUGUGAAUAAAAUUUCAGCUGCUUGAUUUGAAAUAAAAGUUCGGCACUUAAAGAGAUGUUUAAAAACCAUCGAAAUAAGAACCAAGUUUUCUUUUAGCUCUCUCUAACUUGAACCCUCUUCUCAUCCUAUAUCACAGAUUUAUCUGAAGCCACACUUCAACUAUAAUCCAGCCACUGACAACUUGAUCCCUUGUAAAGAUGCGGGCCUGGCCUUUUCAAAGGGAGACAUACUACAUGUAGUUAACAAGGAGGACCCCAACUGGUGGCAGGUGAGCAAGUUUUAUUCAGCAGCACAGAAGCCAAAAGCUGUUAGAGUGGGAUAAAAAGAUGGCAGGAUUUUUGUGUUAGGAGUUUUUUAUUUCAGGUUUAUGUCAAAUAUUUUCUCCAGUUUUUCUAGCGCUUGUCUAAUUUAUUCUGAUAGGCAUGUAAAGUUGUCGGUGGAGCCGCAGGUCUCAUCCCCAGCCAGUUUUUGGAGGAGAAGAGGAAAGCUUUUGUGAGAAAAGACUUGGAUUCUUCUGGUACAGGUCAGUAAAAACUCGGCUCAUUCUCACAACCACUCACGUUCAGUCAGAGAACCUUCCUGUAGCGACCCCUUGUGGUCAUUUUAUCUUUUUUUAAUUUGUCACAGGGAUGCUCUGUGGAACUCGAGCUGCAAAGAAAAAGAAGAAAAAAAUGAUGUACCUCACCUCUAAGAAUGCAGGUGUGUAUUCAUGCUGGUCCACACUUGUAAGAGAGUCACCAUCAAGUUCAUGGUUUUCAUUUAGCAUGUGUUUCGCCCUGAACAGAGUUUGACCGUUACGAGCUGCAGAUCUACGAGGAAGUAGCCAAGAUGCCACCUUUUCAGAGGAAAACACUGAUUUUGAUUGGAGCCCAGGGAGUUGGGAGGCGGAGCCUAAAGAACAGACUUAUUGUCGUGAACCCUCUACGAUAUGGAACCACUGUACCCUGUGAGUAUUCGAGACAGUGUAGCUCCAUUAAAACCACAGUGCAACUAAUAGCACUGAUUGUACUACCAUCAAGACCACCUUGUGACAUGAAACAUUGUUCCUCAUCCAGUCACCUCCCGCCCUCCGAGGGAAGAGGAGAGAGAUGGACAAAACUACUGUUUUGUGACACGAGAAGUGAUGGAGAAGGACAUCAAGGAGAGUCGUUACUUGGAGCACGGCGAGUACGACGGGAACCUUUAUGGUACCAACAUUGACUCCAUCCAUGAAGUGGUGGACGCAGGUCGAACCUGCAUACUGGACGUCAACCCUCAGGUCAUUCAAAGGCACAAUCUCUCAUUAUGUAGACGUUAUUUCCACCCCUUAGAUGUGGUUGUGAUGUUUAUUUCCUUUCCCAGGCUCUGAAAGUGUUGAAGACUGCUGAGUUUAUGCCAUUUGUGGUGUUUAUUGCUGCACCUGAGCUGGACACUCUAAGAGCUAUGCACAAAGCUGUGGUUGACGCUGGACUCACUACCAAACUACUCACAGUAAGUUUUUUGAGAGGAUCCCCAGUUCUGAUGGACCAUUCAGUGGCCAUUCCUGUUAUCCUCAUGAGCUCUCUCUUUGUCUGAAACAGGAGAACGACUUGAAGAAGACGGUUGAUGAGAGUGCCAGGAUCCGCAGGGCGUACAGCCACUACUUUGACCUCACUAUAGUCAAUGACAAUCUGGACAAAGCCUUUGAUACGCUGCAGGAAGCAGUGGAGCGGUUAUUCAUAGAGCCACAGUGGGUUCCAGUCAGCUGGGUCUACUGAUACUUUACCCCCCCUACUGGACUAACAGGGCUGUCCAAGUCUCCAGGAGGACACCUGAAGGGAGGGUUCAACACUGUACUUUAAACACGGACAAAGUGUGGGACAUCAGCCCUGUGUGAAUUCGGGUCUUGCACAAAUCUGCAUCAAAAGCUGCAUCAAAGCUGCGUCACCUUGAUCUGAAUUGUCAGAUUCUUUUAAGCACACUAUGCAACACACAGGAAGUGUACUUAUUUAUUGACGAGAUGUUUUUUAAGGAAUAUGUUCUAUUCAUGUGAAUUGGAAGAAAAUACUGGUCUGUGACGGUUUGUUUUAGAGAAAUGCAAUUUUUGUCAUGUCCCGUUUUAAUUUUCAACCUGUUUGUGAGACAAAGUAUAUUUAUUCUGCAAAGAUGAGGAGGGCUUGCUCAUUGAAAAGAUCAAUACCUCAGUGUCAUGGUUUACAGUGGAUAUGCCUCCAGUAAUUCACCAUAUGUUCUCAGUAAUUUUACAAGCUGUCAUUUCAAACUACAAACUCAUUUAUUCAGGAUAGUUUUGAAAGACGUCAUCUGUGUUUCCUUCGUCUUUGUAGUUCAUCCACAUUAAUGGCCAGUUCCAGUUUGACAUAGUACAAAAGUCAGAGUAACACCUUAGAGUUAACCCAUUAUUUCUGUGUCAUUCAAGCACAACACAUUACAUUAAUCACGUUGACAUUAGAAUCAUGUGAGUAUUUGAUUGUUCAACCCAUCGUGGUGCUUUGUGUUUAUUGAAAGAAAGAAAGACUUUCCACAGAACUCUUGAACAGGGUACUGCAUCUCAGUGAACCAUCCCUUUUUGAUGUGACUUAACUGAAACUUAAUUGUUUUAGAAGGUUUAUAUUGACUAAUAAAGAUAUAUUUUACAAGAUGUUAGAAAAUAAGUAUUUUCAAAUGUCGAAUAAACAUGUGUUUUCUAACAAUGAUUUCCUCUGUUUAAAUAUGAACUUCAACAUUUUACAAACUGUAUCUUUUAUUUUUGUACCAUUCAGGCAAACAUACAAAACAGAUACAGAUAAAAGUGCCGAGGUAAAACAUUUUCUCUUGUUAGCACUUUUGUAUCCAACUUUAUCAAAAUAUAAAACCAGAAACUACUCGACUACAAAGGCUAAGAUGUGACAACAUGCUAUCAAAUUGCAUUAAAAGGCCUACUUCA